AUGGCAGCAGGGGUGUGCACCAAUCUUGAUGGCUUGUCAGCUGCGUGGGAUAGCUGUGCGCAAGUCCGGUUCAGGAUCCGGGAGUUUUGCCAGAUGUGCUUGGAGAAGCCUGCAGAUGAUGAAAAGCCAGCUGGUGGAGAUGUGGGCAAAACGGUGGCCAAUCUGAAGUACAACAGCUUCGUGAUUGAGCCACUGGCCAAGAUGAUGCUCGACAAAGGGUUCGUGUCUGGGAUUCCUUGCAUAGAUGCUUUGGUAGCUCAAGUGAAGCAGUUGCACGAGGACAAUGGGAGCUUUAUGUCCAAGAAAGAAAUCAAGGAUCAG